GUAUAUACUCCUAUUAUCUCAAUAGUGGAACGGAAUUAAGAAAAUAAUAAAGACAUUGGAAAACAAAAUGUAAAUCCGGCAUCCAUCGCAGCAUCUCCCGGGUUUUACCUUCCGAUACCCAGAAUGUUCCCGUUUAGAUGCGCUCGCGAUCUCAGCAUCCAACGGCCCAGAUUCAAUCAACGCCCCAUUCCCACCCCACACCUCUCCGCCAUUAAAUACCUCGUCGUCCCCUUCCUUCCUCUCCCUGUCCACUCCACCACUUACCAAACCCAGCUGAGCAGCCAAGUGUCCAACGCAACCGACCGAGAGAGUCCGGCAAAGCCGAGACCGAGAGAAGCGCACAGCUCGCCGGCGCGAUCGAUGGACCUCCUGGAGCACCCAUUCGAAGCCGUCGCGUUCCGCCUCUACUCCCUCCCGAUCCCGGAGGCGGCCUCCACGGCCACAGGCGCCGCCGCGUGGACCUGCCUCGCCGCGGUCCUGGCCGCCGCAGCCGCCGCGGGCUUCUGGCGCCUGCGCUCGUCCACUCCCGCCGCUGUCGCCGUCGCCGUCUCCACCAAGCCUUUGGAGCUGGAUCCGUCUCCCGUGGCGGAGGUGUCGUCGCCGGAGUUGUCCAAGCCGUCGUCGCAGCGGUCGCCGCCGAAGCCGGCCGCGGAGUCGACGGCGGCGCCAUCGCCAAAGGAGAGGUACACGGCGUACUACCGCGACGCCGGCUGCGUCGGGUGCUGCGACGCGGGCAGCGACGAAGACGGCGACGACGAAAACGAGGAGGAAGACAACGACGUUGCGGAGGAGCGCGAGGACGGCGGCGACCGCGACGUCUUCGUUUCGGAUGGGGCGGAUCCUUUCGGGUGGGGGGAGGUGGUGAUCAGGCCGCUGCGGCUGCCUCUCAGCCCGACGGCGGCGGCAGCGGAGGAGAUGGGGCUGCGGUACCGGAGGAGCCCGACGGUGACGGCGCUCAGCGGCAGCAGCGUGGUGCAGCUGUGGGAUCAGGGCGCCGGGGGCGGAUUGACGCCGACGGCGAGCCCGCGGCGGCGAGGCCGAGUCGUCGCCGGCACCGUCGUCUCGGCCUUCUGAACGUCCAAAGCCCAGACGAGCAAUAAAAAUUGACACUUUUGUGGUUGGGGGAAAAAGAUAGAGAUAAGAUUCUGCAGUUGUUUUGUUCACUGCUCCAGCUAGUAGAACCUGUACCAACAUGUAAAUACGAUGAAUCCGCAUUUCUCGAUCACAUUUACAACAGA